GGUGUGAACUGUGUGUGUGUGUGUUACCUGGGUAUCAUGCACAAGGCCAAAGUUAGGGCCCAAGUCACUGGCCUGUUGCUGCUCCACACUCUCCCCAUCAUUAGCUGUUAGAUUUUGUCUUUGCACGCUUACCAAGCACUGAAACUACCAACACUAAACAAUGCUUCUUGGCACAACUCUAACUAGUGAGCACUACUUGCAGGCAAAGCAGCGUUAGCUGCAGAUCGAGCCCCACCCAGCUAGGCAUGACGAAAAUUUUGCAAAAAAUAGUGCUGAUUCAGCAAUAAUUGUGCACAUAUCUUCAGGGCGGCCUGCAAUCGAGGCUAAUCCCAGUUUAAUUUGCCACAAUUAUUGCUGAAUGUGCACAAUUAUUGCUGAAUCAGCAUUAUUUUCUGCAAAAUUUUCGUCAUGCCUAGCUGGGUGGGGCUCGAUCUGCAGCUAACGCUGCUUUGCCUGCAAGUAGUGCUCACUAGUUAGAGUUGUGCCAAGAAGCAUUGUUUAGUGUUGGUAGUUUCAGUGCUUGGUAAGCGUGCAAAGACGGAGAUAAGUGUCUGUCUCACUGACGAUUAUCGAUACAUUCGGCAGCUCACUUCUCAUGACCACCAUUCCGUCCGCAAGCAAGUUAUUCUUUCCAAAUUUUGGGGAGCUGUUACUUUCUUACCCAUCUGUAGAUCCAUGUAGUUAGUUUUGUGCAAAAUUGUCUUGUGCUUCGUGCAAUAGCCGCCGAUUAUAGGUGCCUGGCGAAGAUGGGUUACUUACUCUACCUUGUUAAUGUUCUUGAUGAAGGUUCUUCAGUAGUCCCUGUCCAUGGACUCAUGUCUUCAGCCUCCACCAAUACAGACAAAUAGUUUGACCACUUGCUCAGAGCUUCAAAACUGACUGCACAAUUUUUGACUGACUGCACAAUUUCUUUUUCUUUUCUUUUGUGGAAGCACCACACGUGGUUAAGCCUCCUUCACCUUGGAUCGAGGCUAGCUACAUGUGGUUUAGCAUUGUAUAUUGCGUGACAGAUUAUUGUUUAUUCUGCAGAGAAAGAGGGCGUAUCUUGUUAGUUGCUGUUUUUCUGUAUUUCUGUAUCAUGCUGUGAAGAUACUGUACUGUACAGAGCCUCUGGAUUAUUAUCAAGAAGAUGUCUGACUAUCUCACAAUAGCAGAUCUAGGAGAUCUAUACAUAGCUACGUUUGAUGCUCGAAUCAAGUGGAGAAACUUCUUGCUAGUUCUUAAAAUACCCUCGGAUACCAUCGACAGCAUUGGUACAAAAUGGAGAGAUGAUCCUGAUGACUGCUAUCGUGAGGGUUUGAAAGAAUGGCUGAAAGGUGGUGAGAGACGCUGGGAAGAUGUUGUCAAAGCUUUGUCCAGUCCCAUUGUAGGCCACGUUGGCAUAGCUAAUACCAUCGAGAAAGAUCAUCUACAGUCUACUGAUGCAAGCAAUCCUACUGAUGUGAAGUCAGAGGUAGACGAAAAUCACCAGAAGAUCAACGAUGAUUUAACUGUUUUCCUAGACGAGCUACUUGGUAAAGGUGCAUUUGGAGCAGUCUUCAAAGGCAGCUACAAGGGCGAGAUUUGUGCAGUCAAACUUCUAAUUUACGAGGCUGUAGAAAUGCAGACAGGUUUCCCAACCAGCAAAAGUGAAGAAGCCAGCAAAGCAUUUGAUCGUGAGUGUGAGUAUCUCCAGUCACUCCAGCACCCAAACGUUGUUCAGUAUUUGUCGACUACUAAGCACCCCAAAUCAGGUGGUACAAUCCUCGUUGUUGAGCUGAUGGAUUGCAAUUUGAGAUCCUAUUUCUCCGGCCUUGAUGAAGAGUCCCUCACUAGCGAAUGUGAAAGUAGCCUCAUCAAAGACAUGGCUUGUGGUCUGGCCUACAUUCACAGCAAGCAGAUUAUCCACCGUGACCUCUGUGGCGAUAACGUUUUGCUAAAGCUAACACGACCAGUGCCUGUUGCAAAGAUUUCCGACUUUGGCAUGUCACGGCUAUAUGAUCCCUCCAUGCUUAGCCACACCCUCACGGCCGUUGGUCACCGUAUGGGGUAUCUACCUCUCGAGGCUAUUCGAUUGGACAAGGAGAAUUAUGAUAAUAGUGUCGAUGUUUUUUCCCUUGGGGCGAUUAUGGUACAGAUUGUUUGCAAGCUGAAGACGGUCAAAUCUGUGGAAGAUCGAUUAGACCAUGUUGCCCAGAUACCUCACACACACAGGUUGAGGAAGCUUAUCGACAGUUGCUUGCAAAAAGACAUGAGGAGGAGACCAUCUGCCAGGGACAUCUAUGCUUCGCUGACAAGCGACUUAGACACCGUGGAGGCAACAAAGAGGGAGUCAAAGGAUACUCAAGUAAAUCAACUUUUACAUCCAAUAUCUGAGAAAGACACUCAUUCACAAGCAUCUAUCGAUCGGCUUCAAGCUGAGCAAGUUCGUGGACUGGAAGAAGUGACCACUCCACAAGAACAGUUUGAAGUUCAACCCAGAGAAAUUGAUCAUCUAGUGAAGUCUCUACAGAUACAACCUCGGGAGGACACUCAACCAGAUAAUAACUUGACAGCAGAUGUAGACCUGACAAGUGGCUCGGACACAGUGGAGGGAACAACGAGGGAGUCAAAGGACACUCCACAAGUCAAGAAGGCUCACAGGGAACAGAUUAAGCACAAAGAUGCUGAGCUGGUCAGGAGAGACGCCAUCAUUCAACAGCAGAGACAGGGUCCCCCUCCCAGAGAGUUGAGACCUCCACUCACUCUGAAAUGGAGAAGAGGAAAAGACAUGCCAAUCAAGAUGGGUACCACGGUACAGAGUGUUGUUAUCGGUGACACGGUGUAUGUUGGUGGAGGGUUUGCAGACAAUGAUCUUUACAAGUGUACGGUGAUGAAGCUCGAGCAAGAUCAAUGGACCAAACUACCAGAGUACACUGCCAAGUGGUUCGCUAUGACAUCACUCGCUAAUCGACUAGUGCUGGUGGGAGGACAGGAUCCAAGAAACAACAAACGCACUAAUCAACUUGCAGUUUUUGAAGCAGGAGAAUGGACUCACCCGUACCCACCAAUGAACAUUGCUCGUGUUUGCUCAACAGCUGUUUCUUUCAACAACCACAUCGUUGUAGCUGGUGGGCAUGAUGAUAAAAGACAUAUCUCCUCUGUCGAGGUGUUGGACGUGGCAUCAAGAAGAUGGUACAUUGCUCAGUCACUACCUAACCCACGAUCAGUACUGAAAUCGACUCUCAUAGGAAACACCCUCUACCUAAUGGGAGGGUUCGAUCACACUAGGGCAACCAAGACAGUGCACCACGUCGACCUCAAUGAACUCAUCGCAAAGGCCCUUUCCAACCUGGACGCACCCACUCCCUGGCAGACCUUACAGGAAGUACCAUUCGUGCAUUCAGCUCCUCUCAGUAUUGGGAGGUCACUAUUAGCCGUUGGUGGAGCGGACGACAGACGCAACCCAAGUUCAUCGAUCCACCUCUACCAGCCUGACACCAGGAGGUGGGUGAAAGUGGGAGACCUGCCUACUGCACGAUACAACUGCACAUGCUCAGUACUUCCUAGUGGAGAGGUCAUUGUAGCCGGAGGACAGACAAAACUAUAUGGUAAUUAUCUUCAAACAGUUGAUUUCUUUUGUAUAAGCGAUUAAUUAGUUAUUGUAAUAUGUUGUGCAUUGUUAACAAUCUUUUUGAAAAAAGUUUUCUAAUUAAGUUCGCAUAUUUCGUUUAUUUUUAUUCGAA